AUGUCUGAAUCAGCCACCGACAAAUCCAAACUUAAUCAAUAUGAACAACAUUAUUUUUCAUCUUAUGAUCAUUUUGGUAUCCAUGAAGAAAUGUUAAAAGAUACUGCACGUACAUUAAGUUAUAGAAAUGCAAUGUAUAGAAAUAAAGAUGCUUUUAAAGAUAAAAUAGUUCUUGAUGUUGGAUGUGGUACUGGAAUUCUUUCUAUGUUUGCAGUAAAAGCUGGUGCAAAACACGUAUAUUCAGUUGAUAUGUCAUCCAUAAUAGGUAAAGCAAAAGAAAUUAUUGAAUUAAAUGGAUUUAGUGAUAAAAUUACUUUAUUACAAGGAAAAUUAGAAGACAUUCAAUUACCUGUUGAUUCAGUUGAUAUUAUAAUUUCAGAAUGGAUGGGAUAUUUUUUACUUUAUGAAUCAAUGCUAGAUACCGUAUUAUAUGCAAGAGAUAAAUAUUUAGUUAAAGGUGGUUUAAUAUUACCAGAUAAAUGUCAAAUGUUUAUAGCUGGUAUUGAAGAUGGUCAAUAUAAAGAAGAAAAAAUUCAUUAUUGGGAAGACGUUUAUGGAUUUGAUUAUUCACCAUUUAUUAAAACUGCAAUGGAAGAACCUUUGGUAGAUACUGUAAAUAAUCAAGCAUUAAUUACAGAUAGUUAUAAAUUUUUUGAAUUUGAUAUAAAUACCGUUAAAAAGGAAGAAUUAGCAUUCAAAAGAUCGUUUGAAUUAAAAAGUAUUGGUGAUGAUCAAUGUCAUGCUUAUAUAGUAUAUUGGGAUGCAAUUUUCCCAGGAAAAGAAAAAGUAGUAUUACCAACUGGUCCAAUGAACCAUUAUACACAUUGGAAACAAACUGUAUUUUAUAUGAAUCAAGUAUUAGAAUUGAAAAAGGGAGAUAAAAUUAUAGGAGAAAUUGAUGCUAGACCAAGCACUGUUAAUCCAAGAGAAUAUGAUAUUGAACUUAAAUGGGAUUUAAAAACUGAAACUAAAGAUAAAUCAAGAGAUCAAAAUGGAGAAUAUAAAUAUUUCCUUCGUUAG